GAGAGUGGUCGGGCAGGCUGUUCACACUCUGGAUCCCUUUUCAAUAGCAACCGCUGGGUCUCCGGGAGGUACAAAAAGUCGCGGUGCCUCCUCCGCGUCCAAAAAGGGAGCUGGCAGCCGGCACCGGCCGCUGAGCGGUGAUAUCCCCUGCCCAGAGCAGCAUCCCCACCUCCACUGUCUCCUCCCUCUCUCCUCUCCCUCCUCCUCCCGCAGCCAGGAUCCGCACCCAGUCGGAGCUGGGCUUGGCACCGGCACCCACUUCUCUCUCCGUGCUCACAGCGGCUGCUUGCGCCGUGCAGUGAGUGGAGGAGGAGGAGGAACGGGGCAGCGGCGGCGCUCGUGCCUCCGCGGGUGCGGGCAGUGCGCGGGCGGGCUCGCAGUUCCCAUGCCAGGCGGGCGCUCGCCGCCCGCAGCCCAGCCCCCGCCUUGGAGCACCCCGGCAGCGCUCUGUCGCUCGGGCACCGCCGGCCCUUGGGAUUAAAGCACUCAGUGAGCCGGUCAGCCGAGAGAGAGGGGCUGCAGGUACCUAUUAUGCCUUUUAUUUGGUGAAGGCUGCUCGGCAGCGUUGACCUCUCCCAGUCAACUACUCCACAAAUUAUUAUCUCUGGACUCCCAGCUGACACCCUGCUGGAGGCAAGAGCUGAAGAGACAACUGGAAUUGUGCCCGUUCUCAUCAAGGUUUUUUCUUACACGGGAGAAAAAAAAAAGAUGAAGUUGGGCAAAGUGGAGUUCUGCCAUUUGUUGCAGAUAAUAGCUCUUUUCCUGUGUCUUUCUGGGAUGAAUCAAGCUGAACCCUCGAGGUCCAGGUCAAAGCCCUAUUUUCAGUCUGGGAGGACAAGAACCAAACGCAGCUGGGUGUGGAAUCAGUUCUUUGUUCUAGAAGAAUACAUGGGAUCAGAUCCUCUCUAUGUAGGAAAGCUUCACUCUGAUGUUGAUAAAGGAGAUGGUUCCAUCAAAUACAUCUUGUCAGGCGAAGGGGCAAGUUCCAUUUUCAUUAUUGAUGAGAACACAGGGGAUAUUCACGCUACAAAGAGGCUGGAUCGAGAAGAGCAGGCCUACUACACACUCCGAGCACAAGCACUAGAUAGGCUGACUAAUAAACCCGUGGAACCAGAGUCUGAGUUCGUCAUUAAGAUUCAGGACAUCAAUGACAAUGAGCCAAAAUUUCUGGAUGGUCCUUACACUGCUGGAGUUCCUGAGAUGUCUCCUGUGGGUACCUCUGUGGUGCAAGUGACAGCCACUGAUGCAGAUGAUCCUACUUACGGCAAUAGUGCCCGAGUGGUUUACAGCAUAUUGCAAGGACAACCUUACUUUUCUGUGGAACCAAAGACAGGCAUUAUCAAAACUGCCCUUCCAAAUAUGGAUAGAGAAGCCAAAGACCAGUACCUACUAGUUAUUCAAGCGAAGGACAUGGUUGGGCAAAAUGGUGGAUUAUCAGGAACGACAUCUGUAACUGUCACUCUGACUGAUGUUAAUGACAACCCACCCCGCUUCCCACGACGAUCGUAUCAGUAUAAUGUCCCAGAGUCUUUACCUGUGGCAUCGGUAGUGGCCAGAAUAAAAGCUGCAGAUGCAGAUGUGGGACCCAAUGCUGAAAUGGAAUAUAAGAUUGUAGAUGGUGAUGGUUUGGGAGUAUUCAAAAUUUCUGUGGACAAAGACACCCAGGAGGGAAUCAUCACAAUUCAGAAGGAGUUGGAUUUUGAAGCUAAAACAAGUUAUACCCUGAGGAUAGAAGCAGCCAAUAUGCAUGUUGAUCCUCGUUUCCUAAGUCUGGGACCCUUCAGCGACAUGACAACAGUGAAGAUAAUUGUAGAAGAUGUUGAUGAGCCACCUGUGUUUACUUCACGGUUAUACUCCAUGGUGGUGUCUGAAGCAGCAAAAGUCGGCACUAUCAUUGGAACUGUUGCUGCCCAUGAUCCAGAUGCUUCAAAUAGUCCAGUCAGGUACUCAAUAGAUCGAAACACAGACCUCGAGAGGUAUUUCAAUAUUGAUGCCAACAGCGGAGUCAUUACAACUGCUAAAUCUUUGGACAGGGAAACUAAUGCUGUUCAUAACAUUACAGUCUUGGCUAUGGAGAGUCAGAAUCCAGCACAAAUUGGGAGAGGAUAUGUAGCCAUAACUAUCCUUGACAUCAAUGACAAUGCCCCUGAGUUUGCCAUGGAGUAUGAGACAACUGUGUGUGAAAAUGCUCAAGCUGGUCAGAUCAUCCAGAAAAUCAGCGCAAUUGAUAAAGAUGACCCACCAAAUGGUCAUCAGUUCUACUUCAGUUUAACAGCAGAAGCAGCAAAUAACCAUAAUUUUACACUUCAGGACAACAAAGAUAACACUGCAACUGUAUUAACCAGAAGAAAUGGUUUUCGAAGACAGGAACAAUCUGUUUUCUACUUGCCAAUAUUCAUUGUGGACAGCGGAUCACCUUCACUUAGUAGCACUAAUACCCUCACCAUAAGAGUCUGUGAUUGCGAUGCAGAUGGUAUUGCUCAGACAUGUAAUGCAGAGGCAUACAUCUUGCCUGCCGGACUUAGCACUGGAGCCCUGAUAGCAAUAUUGGCUUGUGUUUUAACACUGCUAGUUCUUGUCUUGCUGAUUGUCACCAUGAGGCGACGGAAAAAAGAGCCCCUCAUUUUUGAUGAAGAGAGAGAUAUCAGAGAAAAUAUUGUUAGAUAUGAUGAUGAGGGUGGUGGAGAAGAAGACACCGAGGCUUUUGACAUGGCUGCCUUAAGAAACCUCAACAUCAUCCGAGACACCAAGACCAGGAGGGAUGUGACACCUGAGAUUCAGUUCUUGAGCAGACCAACUUUUAAAAGCAUCCCAGAUAAUGUCAUUUUUAGGGAAUUUAUCUGGGAGAGACUAAAAGAAGCUGAUGUGGACCCUUGUGCACCACCCUACGACUCCCUGCAGACAUAUGCGUUUGAAGGGAAUGGCUCAGUGGCAGAGUCACUCAGUUCAUUAGAUUCAAUAAGCUCAAACUCUGAUCAGAACUAUGAUUACCUCAGUGACUGGGGCCCUCGCUUUAAAAGGCUUGCAGAUAUGUAUGGGAGUGGUCCAGACUGCUUGUACUCAUAGCCUUGGAAUCUUUCUCUGAAAAUGCACUGCAGAAUACUAAAUCAAAAUAUCCCAACCUUACAGACAGAAGAAAGUUGUAAAUACUUCUCCAUUUUUAAUCUUUUAGGUUCUUUUUUUUGGCCUUGGUGGAGCAUACCUUCAUUAGACUUGUCCUAGAGACUGCACUGAUCACAAAGUAUAUGAGCAUUGAUAUCAUUUUUAAUAAAAUGAAAUGCUCAGACACAUUCAAAUAGAUAGCAACCCUUAAAUACCUGCAGAGGUAACUCACUUUCAAGAGUACGCUAUGCACUGUGACCUCAAUGAGGCAAUUACUCUCUGCAGAUGCCUUCGCAGUAUUGUUAUGUCUAGAACACAAAGUUUAUGGUAUAUGUGUUAAAAGCAUGAAUUUUAUUUUGAAAAAACAUAUCCCAGUACAUUACAACAUGUAGUACUUGCAAAGGAAAACUUUCUAGCAAAUUUCUGUUACCAUGUUGUAUACAGCUUCCUAAGCUAAAAGCAGAAGACAGACAUGAAAACAAACAUAAAUUCUGAUAAUUUGUUGUUUGUCCCUGUAUGCUUUCAUAUCAAUUUAAUGGAAAAUCUCAGUAAAUUUCUGCGUAAAUUUAUGAAAAAUAAAAUUGCAAUUUAUUUUAAGGAAUUCCAAAUUUAUCAUCAACAUGAUGGAGUAUUAUAUAAGCCACAUAAAAUGAGAAAUAUAGAGGGAUAUCCUGUCCUUAAGGUUGAAAAGUUUUGUGAUGCUCAUGUAGGUAUAGUUAAGGCGUUGCUAUCUAUUUGUUAUUUUUUAUUAUCUCUUCUGAUUUGUACAGGAGAAUUUAUCCUUUAUUAUUUGACACAAAGCGUUAUAUUUAUUUUGGAGCUCUAAUCUCCACUAAAUCCAGGUCCAUUUUACUGCCUCAUGGUAUUAGACUUGUCAGAACACACUGAUUUUUUCUCCAGACUCAGAUAAAUGUAGGAAAUGAAGCAUGGAAAUGGAGAAAUUACAGUACAGAAAUUGAGCCCACCAUUCAUCUCUCAGAAAGGAGAGCAACUACAAGGACAUGCAGUUGUUCUUUUGAGCCAUUUCAAAGUCUGAGACAUUUAAUAAAAUAUUUGUACUUUGCAUUUUUGGGAAGAAGACUACAGAGGUAGCUGGGAGUGUUACUAAAGCAAGAUUUAAUUUCAAGGUUAAACAUCCUAUAUGCUUCAAAGACUGAUUUUCUCCCUCCCUUUAUCUUUUGCUGCUGAUGAAUCACAGUGAAAGACUUUUAAAUUUCUUUCUUAUGUUAAGCAAUGUAAUACUAUUAACUCCAGAAACCAACUUUAUAUCUUGCUGCACAUAUGUAUUUUCCCCAGAAGUGUUGUCUCAAUGCAUAUAAUUUCUACACUGGUUCAGGAGUGCCAAAAUAGAAGGAUAACUACUGUUGCUUCAAAUGCUGUAUCAUUUUAAGUAGGAUUUCUUAGAAUAAGAUUUUUUUUAUUAUUAUUAUUUUUUUUUUAUGAUUCUGACUAUUUAUAUUUCAUCUUUCAUGAUUUAUUAUUAGAUAAUAAGGCGUAUAUACCAGUAAACUAGUGUUUUUAAGUAUUCUUUCAGAAUGUUUUGUUUAGGUUAUCUGUAGAUGAAUUCCUAAGUUAGACUCUGCUCCUGAAAAAUCUUUCACUUAUUCCUAGCAAUGAUUUGACUUGCCAGCAGUUACUGAGAGGUAUUCAGAAUUGUUUGUAGGAUUUUAUCUGUUAAUAGAAUGUACUCCAAAAAUAAUGAUGCAUACUCUAAAAGCACUUCUUUCUGGAAGAAAGAUUAUUGUACUAAAAUUCUGACGUAUGGGUUACACAAGGCUGGGAAAAGGGAAAUUAAGAUUUUAGACUUUUUGUAUCCUGUCAGUAUCAAUUAACUAAGUGAAAAUGGCCUUCAGCUUCAUCAGAGAAAAACAAAAUAAUUUUAAUAAUCUUCAACACAGAUAUUUAAUUUUGGGUUACAUUUUGGUAGACAAUCAUUGAUUCACACAAUUCAGUAGAUUUGCUUCUAGUUGUAUUAAAUAUAUAUAUAUAUAUAUAUAUAUAUAUAUAUAUACACGUAUAUAUAUAUAUAUAUGACAGAUUUUGUAAUGGAACUGAAAGAUCUUGCCCAUGACUUUUAGUCAUAUGUGUAAAAUUUUUCAAUAAAAAAUAAUUAACAAAAACAACAAAGGAAAAAAAAGGAGAGUGAUUCAUGUGUUUGUAGUUUGGUGAGAGUGAGGUAUAGUUAAGCAACCAUUAAAUCAGAAGGUAUGAAAAAAAAAACCAACAGUUUUUUAUUCUUCUUUUUGUUUAUGGGAAGAUAAUUCCUUAAUCUGGAUUACAAAUCAACAAUGAUGAUUUUUGCACACAGCACUCAGAGGAGAUUUAAAUCUGGUUUUAUUUUUGUGUAUGUAUGUGCUUUCUGUGGGGGAAAAAAAGAUAUGUUUCUGUCCAUUUAACACUGUCCAAACUCUUGGUUAUACUUGUUUACUGUUGCGCAGUUCUGAAAUAAUCCAGUUUUUGUUUGUUUGUUUGUUUACAUAAAGUAUGCUAUCCUAUUAACAUAUUAUUGCAGUAAGAGAGAAAGAGAGAAAUUCCAAAUAUUUGGUGACAGAUGUUACUAUACUAUAUACCUAUACAUAUGGUAUGAAAAUACAUUCACUACAUAAUGCUUUCUGUAACUUACCACAUAUAUGGGUUUUAAUGGGCUGUAUUCUGAUUCAAAUUCUUCUUUUACUGUUGUGACAGAUAGUGUGAUGUCAUAAAUUAUAUUUUACUGAACAAAUAAUGGAAAAUAUAAGAAAUAUAUUUCUUAUCCAAGAAAAAAUUCAGAAUUAUUCAAAAUAAUUAACUAGAUAUGCCGUUUUAAAAGAAUUUCCAUUUUAUUUGUUAGCUGAUCUUUCUAAAAAUUCCUGUAUGACCUACAGGCCACAGUUCCUACUUAAUUUCUCAAACUUUGCAUCAACUUCUAACACAUAGUGAAAUACCAUCAUCUGUUUCCUUCUUCUUUAUGACAACUGAACAGUCUUUUUUAAACUGAAACAUCCAAGACCCUUUAAAAGUUUAUGGUUUUAAGAGAGCUAAUAGAUGUAUUACAUCAUGAAGAUUUAAGUCAAGACUCAGCUUUGACCUGGGUAAAAUCUCUAAAAUUCAAAUGAGCUACACUGUUGUAGGUAGUGGACAUUUUGAUCUACAUGUAUUUUUUUUUAAUUUAAAAUAAUUAAUUUAGUAAAUGUGGUAUAUUUACUGUAUUAAGUUAUAUUCUUAUCUACAACACAUGUCUUACUAAGCAUAAUAAUUCCUCUGACUGAGCUUAUACAACCACUGCAGAACUUCAGAAAUUUCAAGAUACUUAUAUGAAAAUUCAUAUACUCCUAAGAAUUCAAAAAUAAUGUAUUGUUGAUUCUUAUUUGCAUGUUGUUCUUUUCAUUGUUUCAAAAGGUAGGUGUGACUGUGAUUUCUCCUAAAAUUGAACAUGUCCUCAUUAUUUUUUUAUCCUAUUAUCUCUACAUGCAUCAGCAUACAUCAGU